UAACCUAUGCCAACUUUUAUAAUAGGAACCGAUCUUACAGCUUUCCGCAUUGACCUUAUAGAUGUGCUCAUCGGUUCUUUGGAAUAGCCUGCUGCACACAGUUGUUCACUCUGCUGCAACCAGUGUCCACCCUUUCUCUACUCAGGCUGUAGUUGAAUACUAAGAAAGCCAUGGCUGUCCAGCAGCAGAUCACCACUGUAACCACCACCCAGAGCUCAGGGCAAUGGAGCACAGGACUGUUUGACUGCUGCUCUGACAUGGGCACAUGUUGCUGUGCCACUUGGUGCUUCCCCUGUUUUCAGUGUCAGACGGCCUCCCACUACGGCUGGUGUGCCUGUAUGCCCCUGCUGGACCCAUGUGCCUUUAUGGCUGUCUCCUGCUGCAUGCGCUCCUCCAUGAGAGAACGCUAUGGCAUCCAGGGUUCGACCUGCGUGGACGUCGGGUUGGUGUGUUGCUGCUACGCUUGUGCCUGGUGCCAGAUGGCUCGUGAGGUUAAGACACGGACCACAUCAGGCAUCCAGCAGGUUCACAUGGUCACCCAACAGCUUCACGUGGCUUAGGACCCAGAAAAGAGAGUGGUAAACUAGAUGGCCAAGCAAGAAGUGCAAUUUCACCAGAAAUGUUGAGCAAGUGCUUUAACUUUUAGUUCCUUAUCUUGCGUGACGGUUAACAUGGGGGCGUACUGUUUGCAUUUUAUAGUUUGAAAAAGAACACACUUCCGUAAUUUUGCUAUCAUGGCUGAAUAGUGACGUCCAUGAAUGAGGGCCAUGCAUAUAAUACCACUCCAAUCUAUAGCAACCAUACUGUGUGUUGAAUGUACUGUAUACUUCAGAUGUGUCUUUAGGAGAGAAAUGCUAUACCAUCAUUAAUGUCUUAAUAACCAUUGAAUGUUCAUGUCAGGCUUAAAACAUUUUCAACAGCUUACCAUGUACUUGCCCUUCUUGUGCACUUGUCUUUUCUUCCUAGUCCUGACUUUGCUGAACGCUGCUCCAUCAAGGAAAGGUUUGCUUAAAAUGACUGUGAUAUGUGGUUGUCUUACCCAGCUACCUUAAGAGUAAUGAUAUGGGCUUGUCUUACCUAGCUACCGUAAGAUUAAUGAUAUGUGCUUGUUUUACCUAGCUACCUUAAGAUUAAUGAUAUGUGGUUGUCUUACCUAGCUACCGUAAGAUUAAUGACAUGUGGUUGUCUUACCUAGCUACCUUAAGAUUAAUGAUAUGUGGUUGUCUUACCUAGCUACUUUAAGAUUAAUGAUAUGUGGUUGUCUUACCUAGCUACCUUAAGAUUAAUGAUAUGUGGCUGUCUUACCUAGCUACCUUAAGAUUAAUGAUAUGUGGCUGUUUUACCUAGCUAUUUUAAGAUUAAUGAUAUGUGGCUGUCUUACCUAACUACCUUAAGAUUAAUGAUAUGUGGCUGUCUUACCUAGCUACCGUAAGAUUAAUGAUAUGUGCUUGUCUUACCUAGCUACUUUAAGAUUAAUGCUCUGGAUAAGUGUGCCUGCCAAAUGACUAAAUGUGUAACCCGUGAUUCAAAUGCCGACCACAUUUCAGUUGAGUGUUCUUAUGUUUCAAUCUCUUUAAGAGUGUGCUCCUAAUCUCAGUUUGUUACUUGUAUAAAACACACCUGGGAGCCAGAAAUCUAUCUGAUUGAGAGGGGGUCAAAUACUUAUUUCCCUCAU